UCUGUCAAGUUACAGACUUUGGCAAAGACACCGGCUCCUGGUGAGACAUCUAACCUGCUCUGGGUGUCAAAGAAGAAAGAGACGGCUUCCCACCAUGCACUGUGUGACAUGACGGAGCUCGGGUGCCAGCAUGGAUGCUGAAGGAUAACUCUCUGAACUCUUAUGGUCAUACAAUUCCACAAGUGCCUCCAAGAACUUUCCCUGGCCUCUGUCUUGUGCACGUCUCCCGAAAGUUCCAUCAUCAGAGAGCAGAAGAUCCUCCAGAUGAGGUUAUCGGUGCCCAGUGAUGCCCCUGACUGCCGUCCUCCGUGUCUUGCUGGUGCUAAUACUGCUUUACCAGACUGUCUCGGCUCAGGUUAUGGAUUACCUGUAUGACAGCUGGAGGAGGUAUGAAACUGAGUGCCAACAGAAUAUGUCCAUGGAGCCCCCUCCAACAGGACUGGUCUGCAACAGGACAUUUGAUAAGUACUCCUGCUGGCCAGAUGCUCUACCUAAUACCACUGUUAAUGUCUCUUGCCCCUGGUUCCUGCCUUGGUACACGAAAGUACAGCAUGGCUAUGUGUACAAACACUGCGGACCAGAUGGACAAUGGGCAGCCAAAGUGAAUGGCCACCCUUUACGUGAUGCACAGGAAUGCCAACUAGACCCAACAGAUGUGAAGGACCAGGAAAAAUUUGCCAAUACCUAUGAAAGCUUUAAGAUCAUGUACACUGUCGGAUAUUCCAUGUCUGUGGGGGCACUCACACUUGCACUUGCUAUUCUUGUGGGAUUUAGUAAACUCCACUGCAUGAGGAAUUACAUUCACAUCAACCUGUUCAUCUCGUUCAUACUGAGAGGAGUGUCUGUUCUAGUAAUUGACGCCAUGCUGAAGACUCGCUACAGCGAAAAAAUUGAUGAGGAAUAUGUACAUGUUUGGCUCAGCAGCAAGGCUGGCUGUCGAGCGGCUUUUGUUCUCAUGCAGUAUGGAAUAAUUGCUAACUACUGUUGGCUGCUGGUGGAGGGGAUAUAUCUACGCAACCUCCUGGUCUUGGCUGUGUUUUCAGAGAGAAGCCACUUUGCUCUGUAUGUUUGCAUCGGAUGGGGUGCUCCUCUAUUUUUCAUCAUUCCUUGGGUGGCUGUGAAAUAUACUUAUGAAAAUGUAUCGUGUUGGACCGUAAAUGACAACAUGUUAUUCUGGUGGAUCCUACGGUCUCCUGUGUUCCUUGCUAUACUGAUCAACUUCUUUAUAUUCAUGCGGAUUAUCCAGAUUCUGUUGUCCAAGAUGAGAGCUCAUCAGAUGAGGUACACAGACUAUAAACUCAGGUUGGCCAGGUCCACACUCACUCUAAUCCCUCUGCUCGGUAUACACGAGGUGGUAUUUGCACUGAUCACGGAUGAAACUGCACAAGGGACACUGAGGCUUGUCAAACUCUUUUUUGACCUAUUCUUUAGUUCAUUCCAGGGUAUGCUGGUAGCCGUGCUGUACUGUUUUAUCAACAAAGAGGUCCAGUCUGAGCUUCUGAAAAAAUGGAAACGUUGGAAACUUGGAAAAGAUAUCGACGAGGAAUACAAACAUACAAACAGCCAAACCCCUCGAGCCGGCCUCGGAAGCGUCUGUGAAAAAUACAAACUUGUGGACAGCUGUAACAAUGGAAGCGGAAAAUCACGAAAGAGCGACAGCACGUGGUACCAUGAAAAGAUGGGCAGCAGUGCCACCGAGCAAAUCACCCUGAGCGAACGUCAGCACAGCUUCGAGUAUCCUGACAGCAGCUCGGAGCAUGUCCUCUAGGCCACUGAAUGUAAGGUCCUGGUGUACCUUAGAGAAGAAUCUGCAGGAAAGAUGGGAAUGUGCAGUGGAAAUGGUUGUGGAGAUGGAAGCCAUCAACAAGGUCUCAGGUUCUAAAGAAAGAAGAUGACAGGUGUCAGUCAUUGUAGAAAAGAACUGUACAGACAAAGAACAGAUGAGAACGUGAAGGUGAAAUACUGUACCUCUAUUUUUGAACUUAAGCUUUAGUUUCUAUGAUUUUCAUAGCUUUCCAGAACACUUUAGAAAAUAAUACCAUUAAUAAACUACUGGAUGUUCCAGAAAUCAGCAGUA